UCUCCUCUCCUCUCCUCUCCUCUCCUCUCCCGCGACAUUUUGUCUCGUUCCUAAGCAGUUUCCACUUUCCAGGAAUGCCGCAGUUGUCACGAAGAGGAAGAGGCUGUUAUUGUUAACGGUUGGAACCGAACCGAACCGAACAGACGUGAUUCAGAUGAAGAACCGGGGCGAUCCUCCGCAGCACAAUAUCCGUUAGAUUGGCGGAAUAAUAAGGAGUUGGAUACAGAAUGUAAAAUGCGACCGUUAUUACCGUGAGACAGGUCUCCUGUGGUGCUGUCUCCACAGGUCUCCUGUGGUGCUGUCUCUGCAGGUCUCCUGUGGUGCUGUCUCUGCAGGUCUCCUGUGGUGCUGUCUCUGCAGGUCUCCUGUGGUGCUGUUCCCGGUAGCGGCAUGGUCUACGCCCAAUCAACAGACACCAUCAAGCCCUCCCUCCUGCCCCUCCUCUCCCCCUCCUUUACCCUCCCCAUGACCUUUAACCUCUCAGACAGGGGCAACACCAGUUCAGCGACACCCUCCAUCUGGAACCACGACGCCCUCUCCUCCUCCUCCUCCUCCUCCUCCUCUUCCUCCUCCGGCCUCCAGAACACCACCCAGGUGUGGUAUGAACUCACCCCAGCGGAGGUGGCUGUUCUGGGGCUGGUGUUCAGUCUCCUGUGGUUGGUGUCCAUCCUGGGUAAUGUUCUAGUGUGUGUAGUGAUCCACCGUAGCAGAAGGAGUCAGUCCACUACGAACUACUUUGUGGUGUCCAUGGCCUGUGCCGACCUGUUGCUGUCCCUGGGCUGUGCUCCCUUCAUCCUCCUCCAGGUGACCUGCGGGGGCUGGCCUCUCAGCGCUGCCGCCUGUAAGGCUGUUCGUUACCUGCAGCACCUGUGUCCUGGUGUCCAGGUGUAUGUUCUGCUGUCCAUCUGUGUGGACCGGUUCUACACCAUUGUGUACCCACUGAGCUUCAAGGUGUCCAGGGAGAAAGCGAAGAGGAUGAUCCUGGCCUCCUGGAUGUUGGACGCCGCUUUCGUCUCUCCCUGUCUUUUCUUCUACGGCUCGGAGGCGGUGGACGGGGGAGGGCACUGUGACUUCUUCCUGCCGGCGGGAAGCUGGGAUGGCGUUCUGUACGGUUCCGUCCACCUGCUCCUGGGGUUCCUGGUCCCAGCUGUCCUCAUCGUGUGGUUCUACCAGCGCGUGGUCCACUACAUCUGGAGGAUCGGCGCGGACGGACACACGGUCAGGAGAACCAUGAACAUCGUCCCCAGGACUAAAGUGAAGACCAUCAAGAUGUUUCUCAUGCUGAACGUGGUGUUCCUCCUCACCUGGACUCCCUUCUAUGUGGUCCAGGUGUGGCACCCUAGUGAGGCCCCGGGCCCCAGCAGACAGGGGGCUCUGGUGUUCUGCUGUGUGGUCUGGGUGUCGUUCAGCUCCGCCGCCUCGAAACCCUCGCUCUAUUCCGUCUACAACGCUAACUUCAGACGCGGCAUGAGGGAGACCUUCUGCACGUCCUCUAUGAAGUGUUACCGUAGCAACGCCUACACCAUCACCGCCAGCUCCCGCAUGGCCAAGAGUAACUACGUGGGCGUGGUGGAUAUCCCCGUGGCGACCAAGACGACGCUCACCAAAGACUCCGUCUACGACACGUUUGACCGCGAGGCCAAGGAGAAGAAGCUGGCCUGGCCAAUCAGAGCCAACCCUCCCAACACCUUCGUCUGAUGAGAGGGGAGGGAGACAGGGUUUAACUAUCAAUCAGAGCCAAACUUCCCAACAACCUUCGUCUGACGGGAGGGGAGGGAGACAGGGUUUAACUAUCAAUCAGAGCCAAACCUCCCAACAACCUUCGUCUGACGAGAGGGGAGGGAGACAGGGUUUAACUAUCAAUCAGAGCCAAACCUCCCAACAACCUUCGUCUGACGGGAGGGGAGGGAGACAGGGUUUAACUAUCAAUCAGAGCCAAACCUCCCAACAACCUUCGUCUGACGAGAGGGGAGGGAGACAGGGUUUAACUAUCAAUCAGAGCCAAACCUCCCAACAACCUUCGUCUAACAUGUCUAUGGUUCUGAAUCCCCUGUCUGUCUGCUACAGUCUGUUAACAUGUCUAUGGUUAUGAAUCCCCUGUCUGUCUGCUACAGUCUGUUAACAUGUCUAUGGUUAUGAAUCCCCUGUCUGUCUGCUACAGUCUGUUAACAUGUCUAUGGUUCUGAAUCCCCUGUCUGUCUGUUAACAUGUCUAUGGUUCUGAAUCCCCUGUCUGUCUGUUAACAUGUCUAUGGUUCUGAAUCCCCUGUCUGUCUGUUAACAUGUCUAUAGUUCUGAAUCCCCUGUCUGUCUGUUAACAUGUCUAUGGUUCUGAAUCCCCUGUCUGUCUGUUAACAUGUCUAUGGUUCUGAAUCCCCUGUCUGUCUGUUAACAUGCGUGUGGUAGGAUGUCUAUGAUAUGACCAUGACAUGGGGACAGUUAAGAUUGUAUGAAUGGAAGAGGUUUUCUCAGGUAGAGCAGUCUGUUAACAUAAUCCUAUAAUUAUAUACAUGGUCCUCAUAUGUCUAUAACACAUUGUACCAUCUGUUAUAACACAUUGUACCAUCUGUUAUAACACAUUGUACCAUCUGUUAUAACACAUUGUACCGUCUGUUAUAACACAUUGUACCAUCUGUUAUAACAUUGUACCAUCUGUUAUAACACAUUGUACCAUCUGUUAUAACACAUUGUACCAUCUGUUAUAACACAUUGUACCAUCUGUUAUAACACAUUGUACCAUCUGUUAUAACACAUUGUACCAUCUGUUAUAACACAUUGUACCAUCUGUUAUAACACAUUGUACCGUCUGUUAUAACACAUUGUACCGUCUGUUAUAACACAUUGUACCGUCUGUUAUAACACAUUGUACCGUCUGUUAUAACACAUUGUACCGUCUGUUAUAACACAUUGUACCGUCUGUUAUAACACAUUGUACCAUCUGUUAUAACACAUUGUACCAUCUGUUAUAACGUGUGAUGUUGUUAAUGCUGUUUUGUUGUGAUCCCUGUGAUUUUCAUGGAGGCUGAAGCCUUGAGGUGUUUGGUCUGACAGACGGCCUUUAACUGGGCCCCUGAGCCACACGCCGAUGGACGCAACAGACCAAGGACCUGAUUGGUUGGCGAUGGAGUCUCACCGCUAACUUCUAGUCUCAUUGAAACGCUCUGCACCAUCACUGGCCUUGACUGCUCUCACCUGUCACUGCCAGACCCUGACCCCUAACCUCUGGCCUCUAACCUCUGACCCCUAACCUCUGACCCCUAACCUCUGACUCCUAACCUCUGGCCCCUAACCUCUGACCCCUAACCUCUGACCCCUAACCUCUGACCCCUAACCUCUGACCCCUAACCCCUGACACUAAACCCAGCCUCUAACCUGCCAGACACUCUGUUAGUCUCUGUUAGUGUGUGAAACUACUGUCUGUACUGUGAUUUAAAUACUCAUUGCUUUCUACUGAUGAAUACCUAAUGAAUAAAGCAUCAGAUGUGUA